UUUCAAGCUUAAAAUACCAUCAUUCUCAAUGGCUUUACUAUUUCAACAGACAAUUAAUGAAACUUGAAUCAUAUAAUUUUGAAAGCAUUCUUCGUAAUUAUUCGAUUUUAUUUCAUAAAAUUCUUUUGUUUUUCGAUUUCUAUUUGUUUCAUUUGCUGCUCUUUUGUUUUUUAAUUAAAAAAACGAGUAUGAUUCGUGCUAAAAGAUUAAUAAGUUAUGUUAAAUUAAAUCAAAUGAGAAUUUAAAAAAAAUUUGUUAGCUUUACUACCCACUAGAAUGCAAAUUAGAUGUAAUUUGAAGUUAGCGCGCAUAAUAGUGGAGCGCGUCGAUUGUAUAUAUGUAUAUGCAUUAUCCGAUACAAAAUACAUUUAAACCAUUUUGCUAAAAUAAUUUAUUUUUAUUUCAUAAUAAUUGUCUACAAACAAAUAUCAAAAGAUUCUUUACGUUCCUUUUAUAAUUUCUUAUAAUCUUUGAAUAAAAAUAUGAAUCAUAAAAAUUAAAAAAAGAAAUUUAAAAAUAUCGUAUUCAUUUUAUAUUGCUUAUAUUGUUUUUAUAAAACGAUUGUAACAAAAUCAUUCAUUGCCAUUAUGUGAGAUUAAAAUAAUCUUCCAAAAAAAACUAUAAUAAAAUAUGCAUAAUUUAAAAUAAAAGUUGAAAAAAGAGGUAAUUAUUUUUUUUUUUAAAUGAUUUUGCAAUCCUUUUGCAAUGAUUUUAAUGAAUUACAGAUUACAUAAAUAUCUCAAGCCACGAGUUGGUAUAAUAUAUGUAUAACUUUUAGACAAUGCAGAUUCGAUUAAAGUUCAAGGUACAAAAAAGUUUUCCAAUUAGAAUGGAAUGUAUUCGAAUGAACCUUUCUUUUCUCGAGCCAACUACCCGGCUGAGACAAUCGACGAAUAGCAGCAAGGAAGAAAGUUGUCGAGUGUCCACAAGAUAUCUUUCCCAAUGAAUUCUUCAAUCGAGCUUUAACACGGAAGACUAUCUAUAACGUUUCUCAGCUGCUUAACUGUUUUUGACUCGACCUUCUGCCGCAGUCUCUUUCCUUCGAAAGUGCUUGAAACUUUUAACGAAGGAAAUAAUGCAAUUAAUAGUUAUAUCUCAAAUACGAAAAGUAAUUUUAAAUUAUUCCUACGAAAUAUUAAAAAAAUCGUAUUUCCUUAUAUCCUUGUAUUAAUAAAAUGUCGACUGACGAUACGAUAAAAAUAUAUAACAAUUCAGGCGGUUCGAUCAAUAGUAAAAAAUAUAGUUGAACCGAAAGACGCUCGAAUGGAACGCUGUUUCCAAGGGCGACGUGCCGGUAAUGGAUCAAACCGUAUCACGUGUUUUUGAAACUCGGCUUACCACCUCUCUUUUUCUCUCGAAUAUUUAGUUUCAUCAAAUGUAUGGCGUGUCAUGAUUAAUCUUACGAUAUUCCUUUUGCGCGCGUAUUUUAAUUAACACCAGACCCAUAGUUUUUCCACUAGAUGACGACAUCCAUAACUUUAAUUUGAGAGUUGAAAAGUGAGCAAGUGAGUGAGCGAGUGAGUGAGCGACCUGUUCAAUGUGUUCUGUUAAAAAGAGAGAAAAUAAUACAAUGAAAGAAGUUCAAAGAAAAAGAUAAUUGCGAUUUUUAUCUUACGUUUGAAACACUGUUUUAAAACAAGCAAGAUUGAUUUGCAUUUAAAUGAAAUGUAAGUUGUUUCAAAAUUAAUUAUAUUAAAGAAAAUAAUAUAUAAAAUACAUAUUAAUCUGUUUGAAUGAAUAGAAUAGAAAAUUAAAUGCGGACAAUGUAACGAUAUAAGAAUUAUCACAGUAUAUCAAUAUUCUAUAUUGUAUAAUUGUAACAUGCUCGAGGUAAUGUUUAACUCUAAUUCUUUUUCCUUGAAAAAGAAUUGAAAAUUAUCAAAGAUACAUGAUUCCAUUUAAAGAAAAAUAUUUGCGAAAAAAAAGAAACGAGAUAAUACAAGAUAAAAUUCAAUGUGCAAAGGUGAAAAGGAGGUGCAAAAAAACUAGGGAAAAAAUAAAAAAGACACAGAUAUAUGGCCACAAAUGAUUCUUCACGAUUCUCCCCGGCGGAACGGCCCGUAAUUUUAGCAGCGCUCGAGGAGUUCACAAAUGCGUUGGCCAUUCACCGCAGCACGCUGAGAAAGCCGACAAGAGAGAACGAUAUUCUUACCGACUGUCUGUCCCUUGAGAACGAUGACUUGAAAGCGAUAAAUCCGAAAAUUAUAGAAAUCGAUGAUGUCAGAGAGCGAGCCGCCUCGAAAAAAAUUUACGAAGAUAGUUUACGGAUGGAAAGAAUUAUGGAGGAAUUGAAGAUAGAGAUACGAGAACGGGGAACGUUCGAAUUAUUAACCGAAGAGAUCGAGAAGAUCGUGGCGCGCGAAAAGGAGGAAGAGCAUCUUUUCAAAGAGCGGGAAAAAUUGAAAAGGAUUACGGAAAAAUUGCAAAGAAUAAUCGAUGGGAGGAAGAUCGUUAAUGAGCAGGAAAAAAUACGAAUAUUGAAUGAGCUCUCGAAGGAACAAGAUAACGUGGAAAAAUUAAAAUUAAUCUCGAACGUGAAGUUGGAUUAUGUCACGGAAUGGGAGAAAGCAAGAUACGAGCAGAAUUUAUUGCGUUGCGACAUGGAAAUAGAGAAAUUGGAGAAGAUGUUAAAAGAUCGGCGCGUACGUGAAAAAAAUGAACGGCGAGUACACGCCGAGUUGACGAAAUUUCUGACCCAGGAAACAGCAUUGCUAGAGAAAAAAGGCAAGGAAUGGAAAGAGCGAUAUAUUCAAGAAAAAAAGAUGUACGAAAGGGAAAUCCAACAGCUACGUAUCGAAAUAAAAAUAAUUCAAAAAGAGAUGGAUAAACUUAAAGAAGAGUAUCAAUGUAAUCAAAAGUUCAUAAACACGUAUCUGGCGGAAAAGGAAGCAUUGAAAAAGGAGAAAGAGCGAUGGAAGCACAUGCAAAAAAGUGCAAUCAAGAUUCAAGCUUGGUGGCGAGGCGUUAUGGUGCGCCGGAAGUUGGGACCAUAUCGACUUACGGAAAAAAAGAAAAAACGACCAGCUAAAACAAAGAAGUAACCCUCUUUCCGUUUCACUUAUCCCUUAAUGCCUGUACAGAUAUGAUCUUCAUCCUUCUUAGAACAAUUGUGCGGAAAAUAAUAUUUUUUUUAUCUAAUAAAGUCUAAUUUUGUUUUGUAUAUGUUUUAUCUUUUGUCGUAUUCAUUUUAAGUGGAUACAUUUAAAAAAAAAAUGUCUAAAAAAUGAAUUCUUAUUAGAUAAAAAUUUAAAAAAAUAUAAAUUUAUACAAAUAAUUAUAAUUUAAUUGAUUAUAAAAAUAAAAGAUAGAGAAACAUGUA